AAACCUAUCCUUCCAAAACACACUGAAAAGUAAAAACCUCAAAUAUAAGACCCCCACGUACCCACUCCACUCCCCAUCCUUCCCAUUGCUUCCAUCACUCACAAAAUCUCCACGCUUCUCUAGAAACUCCCAAUUUCCAUUUCCACCAAAAUGGCAGCAGCAGCACCGCCGCCGCCACCAACCCCUGCGCCUUCCGCCCCUACAGGCCUCCCAGACUCUGACUCAACACCAGUAGGCCACCCUCUCUUCUCCCGGAUCCGCUUAGCAACACCACUGGACGUACCUAACAUCCAAAAACUCAUCCACCAAAUGGCCAUCUUUGAAAAGCUAACCCACCUUUUCACUGCCACAGAAUCCGACCUUGCCUCUACCCUAUUCAAGUCUCCACCUUUCCACUCUUUCACCAUCUUCCUUCUUGAAGUCUCCUCACGCCCUUUUGAAAAAGACUCGAACUUGCACUCUCAAAACUUCACUCCCAUUGAAAGAAUCAUCAAUCUUGAUCAUUCUUUAAUUGACCCAGAAGCUGAAACAUUCAGAAAUGGGAUCAAUGGAGAUGCUGUGGUUGCUGGGUUUGUUUUGUUUUUUCCAAACUACUCAACUUUUUUGGGGAAACCAGGGUUUUAUGUGGAGGAUUUGUUCGUGAGAGAGUGCUAUAGGAGAAAGGGACUAGGGAAGAUGUUGCUUUCUGCUGUGGCUUCACAGGCUGUGAACAUGGGGUAUGGGAGGGUGGAAUGGGUGGUUCUUGACUGGAAUGUUAAUGCCAUCAAGUUUUAUGAGGAAAUGGGUGCUAAUGUUUUGCCUGAAUGGAGGAUUUGCAGGAUUACUGGCCCUGCUCUUGAGGCUUAUCGUGAUGCUAUUUGAAGUGAGUUUCCUUGUGUUUUCUCGAGGAGUUAGGGCAUGUUGGAUGUUCUGUUGUGUGAUUAUGCGUCAAGAGAUCAUAUCAUGACUUUAUGCUUUUCAUGUUUCUAUUUACUGCAAGUAAUCUCUAGUCUGUUUAUCCAAAAAAAGAAGGAGGAAUUUCAGUCUUACUCUUGUUAACUUUAUAUGCAAAUCUUAAUGUUUAUUGAACUUGACAUUGGAUAAAAAUUGUGACUUUGUUGAUCUCCAA